CGAUUCGUGUGUUUUAUUGCUGCUUCCUUUUGAUUUUGGAUUUAGAAUCAGUGUGCUCGGAUAAAUUACUCACCUUUGAUUAUGAGUACCAAAGCAGAUGAAUCAAAGGCAACAGGAGACGGCUUGUCUCAGCUGGGUAAAGGUGGUGCAGUUCUCAUGGUGUGCAGGAUAUGCCACAAGAAAGGAGAUCACUGGACAUCAAAAUGUCCUUACAAGGAUCUAGCUGCACCAACCGAUGCCUUCAUCGACAAGCCAGCCACAGGGGAAACAUCGACCAUGUCCGCUGCACCUGGAACUGGCAAGGCCGCAUAUGUCCCGCCUAGCAUGAGAGCAGGUGCAGACAGAAGCGCUGUUGGUUCAGACAUGAGGAGGAGGAACGAUGAGAACUCUGUGCGUGUAACCAACUUGUCUGAAGAUACCCGUGAACCGGACUUGAUGGAGCUGUUCCAUCCGUUUGGAGCUGUCACACGUGUCUAUGUGGCCAUUGAUCAGAAAACUGGAGUGAGCAGAGGAUUUGGUUUCGUCAAUUUCGUGAGCAGAGAAGACGCUCAACGAGCAAUCAACAAAUUGAAUGGUUAUGGUUAUGAUAACCUCAUCCUCAGGGUUGAAUGGGCCACUCCAAGACCAACUUAGAGAGAAAUGUCUGACGAGACUUUAAAACUCUUCUCAUUCUCGUCUAUCUUGUUAUGGAUUUUUGUUAUCGACCAGUUGUUUGUUGGUUUGGUUCUGUACGAAUAGAUGAGAAGUUGUUCA